AUGGCUGUGAUGCCUCCACGUGAACUACUCCCUGCAGUUCUCACACCUCCUUCCACGCCGACCAGUCCUCAAGGAUUUCAGUUCCCGAACCAGAUGAUGUCAGCGAGUGUCAGCCCGAACGGUAUCCCCCGUUCGUCCGCCUUCAGCCCCCUCGUCAGCCAGCUACCAGGGCGAGUCCCUCCGUGCGUCUCGUUCCUUCCCGCCGUGCCCUUCCUGCCCUCCGCCCCGGACAUGGACGCCAGCGGCAGGCUCUCCUCCGCCCUCCACACCUACGGCAUGCUGUCGUCCUUCGGCGCCGCGGCGGCCUUCCCCUGGGCCGCCAUGACCGCCGGCGCCGACCAGUUCUCGCAGCUGCUCCUGACGGCCGGCGGGAGGGUCAGCCGCCCCAAGAAGCGCUACAUCUGCAAGUAUUGCCACCGCGAGUUCACCAAGAGCUACAACCUGAUGAUCCACGAGCGAACCCACACGGACGAGCGGCCUUUCCCGUGCGACAUCUGCGGCAAGGCCUUCAGGAGGCAGGACCACCUCCGCGACCACAAGUACAUCCACAGCAAGGAGAAGCCCUUCAAGUGCUCCGUCUGUGACAAGGGAUUCUGCCAGGCGCGCACGCUCGCCGUGCACGAGAGCGGCCACACGGAGGAGGAGCGCAGGGACGCCGUCCUGCAGAAGAUCGCCGACGCCGCGGCGAAGAAGGCCGCCGCCGCCAGCGCCUCCUGCCCCGCCCCCGUCGAGUGCGUCGACGUCGAAGCCCUGGAGGAGGAGGAUUCCGCCCCCCCGUCUCCCGCAGCGGAAACCUCGAGCCCGCCCCCCCCGCAGAACGCCCUGGCGACGCCCGCCCGGAGCAGCCCGCCCCGCAGAGGCUUCACCAUCCUCGACCUCAUGAGCUAA